AUGUUGGCCAAAUUAACAUCACUCGACUAUUUGGUGAUAGAUAAUAGCUGUGAUUCAAUGAGGUCCUUCCCCUUGGGCAUUUUUCCCAAAUUGAGGAAUCUUGAAAUUUGUCAUUGUGACAAUCUGGAAUCGCUUUGCUUGAUUGAAGAAGGAGUGGUUCUCAGUCAUCUAAAUAGCCUGCUGGUCCAUAAUUGUCCAAAUCUGGUGUGUUUUCCCCAGGGAGGAUUGCCCACUCCCAACCUGACUUAUUUGGGAUUCUGUAAAUGCGAGAAGUUGAAGUCAUUACCUGAACACAUUCACACCUUCACAGCCCUUGGAAAUUUGAAUAUAAUCGAUCUUCCAAAUCUGGAGUCAAUUGCAGAAGAUGGGGGUUUGCAAGCACUUGUCUCCCUCGAACAUUUUACAAUUGGUGGCAGGGGAAGUGAUAAAAUCUUGGAGACGUUGCUCAAGCAACAGCUGCUCCCUACCACUCUUCGCACUCUCGGCAUCGAGGAACUUUCAUCUCUGAAAUCUUUGGAUGGAAAGGGACUCGCACACCUUACUUUUCUUCGAAGUCUAUCUAUUAUUAGGUGUAAAAGUCUGGAAUUCCUGCCAGGAGAGGCACUUCAACACCUCACUUCUCUUCAAAAGCUAUAUAUUAAUGACUGUCCGAGUCUCCAAUUCCUGCCAGAAGAGGGUCUGCCGCCAUCUCUUUCUUAUCUGAGCAUCUCCAAUUGUUCUGCCCUGGAGAAAAGGACAGCACCUUCUCUUGAAAAGCUUUUCAUUUGCAAGGUUUCUGAACGUGUCAUUUCCGGGCCAUUGUUUAUAGACUUUUGUUUUUCUACAAAAAACUAUUGUCACAACGAGGGGAGACGGAAAGGUUCACCUGGAAACAUUCCUACAGACAGGCAUCAAAUGUCCCACACUUUUAGAGUUGGGGGAUACAAGAAUUUGAAGUCAUUACCGCAACGUAUUCACAUCCUCACUGCCCUUCAAAGUUUGCGGAUACUUGGUCUUCCAAAUCUUGUGUCAUUUGCAGAAAAGGGAAAGUGGCGAUAUCUUGGAGGCGUUGAGGAACAGCAUCUGGGAACUUUCAAGUCUGAAUUCUUUGGAUGA